CCUGGAUCAAGUUGAUGCUAGCCAAGUAAAAAUGCCAAACAUCGGCAAAAUUUUGCCGCUAUGCGUGAUCCCAGAGGGCAGUCCGCCGAGUUUCAAUCCUUAUUUAAGGCACACCCCACCAGGUCGUUCUGGUUAAUAUUACCACUUUUGAAGAAUUUAACUCUUUGAACAAUCACUGCUCUCAACUCCACAUACACUCAAAUCACGUCUUUAAGAACUCACUUACUAUGGCUCCACUGAAAAUUCUCAUCUGCGGAGGAGGCUGUGCUGGUCCAUCCUUGGCCUUUUGGCUCGCUCGUGCCGGCCACCGUGUUACUAUUGUGGAACGCUUCCCAGCUCUUAGAGCCUCAGGUGCACAAAUCGAUAUCCGUGCUCAAGGAAUUGAGGUUGUUAAGCGUAUGGGACUCAUCGAUGUCGUUCGCUCCAAAGUUGUUGACGAAGCGGGGAUGUCAAUGGUAGACGCAAACAACACACCCAAAGCAACUGUCUUGGCCAACAAGACUGGAAAGGGAGCUCAGACUGUAACAUCAGAAUUCGAGAUCAUGCGGGGUGACCUUGUACGAAUCCUCUAUGAUGCUACCAAGGAUGAUGUAGAUUAUAUAUUUGGCGUUACUGUUGAACGUUUCGAACAAUACGAAGAUCACGUCGAAGUACACUUCUCGGAUGGCCGCACCGAUACAUUCGAUCUGCUAGUUGGAGCGGACGGCCAAGGAUCUCGCAUUCGAAAAGCUAUACAACCCGCUGACGCUCCAGAACCUUAUAGACGAUUGGGGAUGUAUAUGUUCUACUGGUUUGUGCCUCGCGCCGAAAUGGACACUAACCUUGCCAAAGCCUAUCACUGUCCUGGUGGCCGAGUCGUCAUGAGCAGAAGUCACAGUCCUACUGAAGCUCAAGCCUACUUUGCAUUCAGGGAUGAGUCGGAGGAAACAAGAAGCAUUCUCAAAGGUUCAGUUGAGCAACAAAAAGAAUUUGUGACGCAGAAAUUUCGCGGGGCAGGAUGGCAAACGGAUCGAUUCUUGGAAGGUUUGAAGACGACAGAAAACUUUUAUUGCCAGGAAAUCGUUCAAGUUCGUACAGAUACUUGGUACAAGAACCGUGUGGUACUUCUUGGUGACGCUGGAUACUGUCCUUCUCCUCUAAGUGGAAUGGGAACUACGGCCGGCUUCUUUGGUGCGUAUGUAUUAGCAGGAGAAAUCAACCGAAAUUCAGAAGAUCUUCCACAGGCGUUUGCAAACUACGAGAAGACACUGCGACCGUUUAUCGACGAGAUUCAGGUCUUUAACAAAAGUUUUUUGCGGUGUAUGUUUCCUGACACACAAUGGGGUGUUUCUAUUAUGCAUUUCAUUAUGGGAACGAUCUGUUUCCUCCGCAUACCUGAGCUUGUCGCCAGAUUUUCAUCGGAGGAAAGAGGCGGUUGGAAAUUACCAGAUUUUUCAUCAUCCGUACAGGACCAACAAGUUUAAGAAGAGAACCGAUACUAUAUAUUUUAUUCCCAUCAACAUAUCUUGUAGAAAGAUUAUAAUAGCUCUAUGCAGACGGCCGCUCCAUGACAUAUUGUCGCAUGACUAAUAGCUCGUACGUUGUGUAAGCCAAGAAGGAUAAGCAUCAAUAAAAAUCAUAUUAAUCUGACGUCGUAUCACACCUAUCCGUGAUUAGAGAACCUGCCGCAGUAGCUAU